GUUCAGCUCAUCUAAACUUUAGGGUCCUGCCGAGUCCGUACACCAUCCGGAUGUUCGGCCACUGCGCCCACCCGGCGGGCCGGCAAUGUUCUGUUGAUUGCCCCGUUUCAUCGACUCAGCCCUCACCAUGUCGCUGUACGACCACACACCUUGUAUCCACUCCUUCGCAUCAUUCAAUUACUGGUUUAGGGCGUUCGACGUGCGGACGACCAGAAUAGACAGUUGGCCCAACGCUUCGCCAUCAAUAUCCUCUCCCCACUUAAACGCCAUGGCGGAAGCUCUCAAGGCCAUCCCGAAUAUCACGCGUCUCUCCGACUGCGUGUUUCGGAUUCUGGGCCAGAAUCCGGGUCGCUUCUCGCUGCAAGGCACCAACACAUAUCUCAUCUCUCCACCUGAAAGUUCGGGGCCUGUCGCAGUCUCGGGCUCAGACUCGGACUCCUCACAGGAGGCCAUCCCGUCCGUGCUCGUCGAUACGGGCGAGGGCAUCGACGCUUAUGAGCCGCUCUUGGAGAGCGUCCUGUUAGGAAAACACGAGAGCAGCAAGGCGAAGAGAUUCGUGACUGAUAUUAUUCUAACACACUGGCAUAACGACCAUGUCGGCGGGCUUCAUGCGGUACUUGCGUUGCUACAUCGAACAAGGCCCCCAAGCGUAAGCCCGCCUCGGAUCCACAAAUUUCCUCACUCGACCGACGCCAAUAUCGAGCACAAGCUUGCUUCGCUUGACCCCUCGUCUGCAGCAUUCUCACCCCCUCCGUCAUCCUCCAAAAGCCUGCACACGAUCCAAGAUGCGCGGACGAUCCAGCUCUCCGACCUUCUCACUGAGAAGAUCACGCUCAAGGCACUGCACACGCCCGGCCACACCAGCGACCAUGUCUGCAUAUUCUUCGAGCAAGAGGGCCGUUUGUUCACCGGCGACCAUGUCCUCGGGCAGGGGACAUCCGUGUUUGAAGAUCUCGGCGCGUACAUGCGCUCGUUACAGCGCUGCUCAAAGGCGCUGGAGGAGCCAGAAGCAGGAGUUGGCGGAGUUGGAGAAGUGACGCUCUACCCGGCACACGGACCGAUCAUCGAAGAAGGCAAAGCGAUGCUAGCGCAAUAUUACUCGCAUCGUCUUGAGCGCGAGAACCAGAUAAUCGCCCUCCUUCGAGAACCUCCGCCAGCCGCUUUAGACGAACAAGCAAAAGGUGCCGGUGAAGAGAAGGCAUGGUCCAUCAAGCAGGUCGUCGCAAAGCUCUAUGCGUCCUAUCCUGAGCAUCUAUGGCCCGCCGCAGCGCGCGGCAUCUUCCUCCACAUGCACAGGCUCGCUAUGCUCGACCCCGAUGCCGGUACGAACGGGGGCGAGCUAGUCUCGCCGCGUGUAAAAUGUCUUGAUACCCCAGAUGGGCUCGCGCCGGCUAUUCCAGAGGGAAAUAAGGCCAUGCAUGAAUGGGGAAAGCUGAUGGAUCACCGCUGGACAUUAGCUGAUGCCUCGGUAGCUGGGCAGACAGGCAAGCUAUGAUGCAUUAUGGCACGCGGAGGCCAUGCGUCCACACUCCAAAACAAGCAGUAAAUAGACGCUUUUCGCUGUCGAAUGAAGAGGGCGUUGACACAGCA